AUGACACGUGGAAGAUGCCAACAUCUUGCACCGCCAUCGAAAGUGGCUACAGAAAAUCGUCUUUGUUUCCAUGGAUAUGUAUUAAGGAGACCAGCAGGCCGUUCAACGAGGUCUGAAAAGUUUGCUGGGUUGAAGCUGGAGAAGGACACCCGGCCGAAAUUGGAAGGAGGUGGUGAAAGAGAGCUUAAGGACACUUGGCGUGGAUGGGCAAUUCAGGCGAGACGUAAGGACUGGCAGGAUGAGGAAUAG